UUAAUAGGUAGAUUAAUUCAAAUAUUCAAAAAAAAUGUUGUUCAAAGCAGGAGUCAUAAUUUUAUGUCUGAUGAUCUUCAUCAGUUUUUGCCAAGAGAGCGUAAGUGUAAAAUUAUUCUGUAGAUCUGGACUAAUUUUUACCAAAUAUGACAGCGAAACACAAGAAUGCAACAACGGACAUUUGAUUGACAGAAGAAAGUUGAGGCCACUAUUGGUACCGCCAACAACAAAUUUUAACUCCACUUCAAUAAUUUUACAAGACGACAGAUCAACAAUUAACACUUCUCUCAGCAUCGUUACAUUAGCUUGUAAUGGAAGAACUUUUAGUACUUAUACUAACAAGAAAGGCACUGUCGGAUGUUGUGGCCCAGUGGCAUACCAGCCAAGCAAACAAACUUGCUGUCAGAUGACAAGUAAUGAAUACACAAUCUAUGACAAUAAGCCAGAAAGAAAUCAUGUCUGCUGUGGCGUACAAGUGUUUGCAAGAAGGUCAACCAAAUUACCUUGUCAGCAUGGUUCACGCAACGAGGCACUGAUGAGUAGUAAAUUGCCAACGCUUAGAAAAAUGUACCCUGUUUGGUCAAGUACAAAAAUUGAAAUAUGCAGUAAAAAAUUUGUGUUUUACGUGAAGAUAACAGGGAAGGAAGAAAAAAAAGACAGGCGUAAUCUUGUUAUCAAUGUCACACAGUAUGAAUGGAAUGGACUAUAUUUGAGACGUGUUCACAUGAGAAAGAACAUUGAAGCUCCAUUGGACAAAUACAGUCAAAAAUGGUUGAAAAGAAAGACAUUUGUAAUAUUUUCAAAUUAC